AAAAUUUUUGGCAUAAGGUCGAAUCUGCAACGGUGGACGCUGGUUAUGCAACAGCGGAGGCCGGAUCUGCAGCGACGGAGGCCGGAUCUGCAUCGACGGAGGCCAAAUCUGUAGGGACAGCGACCGGGGGAAAGAGGCGGCUAGAUCUGGCCAGAUCUACGGCAGCGGCAGACAGAUCUACGGUGACAACGGCCGAAUCUGUAGCGGUGACCGGUUCUGCGGAGGCGGCAGCCAAAAACUGGCGCGGAGGGCGGAAAUCGGCGGUCGGAAGGCAGUCCGAGCUUCUGUUUGCAGCAGAUGGUUUUGCUAAGUUGGGGGGCAUUUCUGUGUGGAUACAAAUAAUAACUCAUAUUUGGGGAAAUUUUAAAAUGUUAAAUGGAAG